AAAUAAGUGGCCUAUAAUUUAAGGAGGUUCACGUCCUCAAGGGAGGGGGAGUCUUUGACUUGCGCUUUCUCCGUAAAGAAUGAGCACACAGCAAUUUUUUCUUGAACUUAAUUUCAGACUCUAUGCAAGUUAUCUGAAUGGAAAUAAUCCUAACCAAUCGCAUGUCAUGGCACAAAAGAUGUGACAGUUAUUCCUGUAAUGACAGCACUUGAUAAGAGAAAUCAACAUGGGAAAACACCAAUCGAAACAUGCUUGUAAACGAAGAGAAAACCCAGAGGGAGGCGCUUUCAAAGAGGCUGACUGUACUGAAGUCGACAGAAACGAAGAUAAGCAGGAUCUGUGUGGGAAAGAUAAAAAAGGAGAUCAAUUAGAUAAUUAUUAUGCACUGGAGGUAACACUGCCAAAUGAGAGAGGAACAGAGGAUCACAAAUCUUUUCUUUCUUCUACCAAAAAUGAAAGACAACAUCCACUCAAAGUUACAAGGAUAAAAGGAACAAGCGAUGAUGUGGAGUGUAAUGCAUCUCUCGUGGAUGACAACUUUAACGAGUGGGUAAUUACACUGUACGAUUUUGACAACAAUGGCAAAGUAACCAAAGAGAAUAUGUUAAGCUUGAUGCGUACGAUCUAUGAAUUGCUUGAGACUUCUGUCAGACAGUUGGUGCUUAGCAAUGGCACAACCCUGCGUGUGAAGUUAAGCGUCAACUCAUUACCCAAAGGCAACAGAAAAGAUCAGGACAAUAAAAUGUUCAUGAGAGAAAGAGAUCAAAUGGAAGAUGGCCUACGGUGUACAGAGAGUCAACAUACUCAAAGAGGACAGAGAUCAGGUCAUUCAAGUGUUUCAGAGAGAAAGCACUACUCUGUAGAUGAAAACACAGAACGUAGAAACCACUAUCUGGAUCUGGCUGGGAUUGAGAACUACACCUCUCGGUUUGAAGCUGAACCAUCUGCCGAGGAUCAACAUCAGGACAUCCCAUCCCGUGGCCAUCAGCGUCGCUCCCAUAUCGAGACCUGCAGUCCUGUGGAGUCUUCCGGAAGGUCUGUUUCUUUCCUCAGGUCCCUCCGGAGCCGAAGCAAGUCUGUUGGUGGAAGCGGAGGAACAGCCAAACCCAGCAAACUCCAUGGACAUCACCCUGUAACCUGGUGCCACCCAUCACAGCAGCAGCAACAACAUCAGCAGCACAGCUCUAGCAAACGCAUCCGCACCAGGACCCGCGAGACCACUAGAACCAGUCAAGGUCCAGAGCUGCAAACUGGACAACCUGUCCUUCUUGGGGGCUUUAAGCCUGUUCCUCAAAGACAUGAGCACCAUCAUCACCAUGAACAUCACCACCAUCAUCAUCAUUACCACCCAGCAUAAGAGGUCUGAAAAUCUCCAUGUCAUCAAGUGACUGUCUUAGCAGCAGACUGGAUGAGUUUUUACAAAAAGGAAAUUUGAAUGAAUUAUACUUUGAACAUUUCUGCAAUUAAAAGGGCUACACCACUUUUUUUAUCCUGCCCAUGUACAUACAAGUCUCAGUCAACAUGAUUCUACAUUUACUUUGCAUCAGUAUGUUGGUAUGGAGUGCCCCCAUGUGGGUGGAAGUGGAAUUGUUUAGCUCAAACUUUUGUAACCCAUAACUUGAUCAAAUGCAACUGUUUUGUAAUGUCUGGAUUUGUCAGGUUUAGGAUACCAGUUUCCUCAGGAAUAUUUUCUAUAUAAACAUGACCACUAUUAUUGUGUUAGUCUAUAUAUUUACAUAUAUACACAUUUUAUAUAACUUAUUAUAUAUGUUCUUACGCAUGUAUUUUAAGAGUCAGCUUAAUAGACACUCAAACUAUUAUAGAUACAAUGUUUUUUUACAAUCAUACCGCAUGUUUAUGUUCUGAAUGGAGCUGCUAAUAUUAUUUUAAUAUUAUGAAAAUGUCACGCUUUAUGGAUGAUAAGGUUGGACGUAUAAUGUACUAAGUGAAAAUAAAAGCUUAAAUAGGAAAACAAAUGUACCAUAAGAAAAACAACAUUAGAAAAAUGUAAAAACAUGUCACAUGCCAAUGAAUUUUUCAUCUGUGUACAAUAGUAAUGACUUGUAAUAUUUUUACAGUUCAAAUUUUUCAUCCACUAAUAAUAUUGCUGUAAAA